CAGCUGUGUUCAGGCUGGACAGAUAUUCUGUUUACAAAGUCUUUCUUAUGUGUUUCUUGGUAUUAAAAAAAUAGUAAGAACAUUUAAAAAAUACAGAGCAAAAAUGUUACAAUAAACACAUUGUUCAUAAUGUUGUCAUCAUUAAUAACAAGUUAGUGUUGUUAUUGUUCAAAUCAGGUGAUUAAAAACACGACAUUUUACAUACAAUCUGUAGCAUUUGACAAAUAAUCAGUCCUGUCGAUAUUAUGAGGUUAAAUCUGACCGUUUGAAAAUCCAGAAGUAUGAAUCUCUUUCUCUGUGUAAUGAGGUGUGUGUAAAUAUCCAACAGUACAGUUUUAUAAAGAUCUGCUAUGUAAAGGUUUAUGACAUACAGCUGUCCAAAGACAAACACGUAUUAAAGGAAUUAUAAUAACUAUGUAAGACACAAUCAGAGACGUGUGGUGAAUAAUUCAUUAACAUACAACAUAUACAAAAGUCUGUUAUUCAUCCAUAAAGACCAACUGAGGCAGUUUAAUACUUCCUACAUUCGCCUGUUUAGAUUCAAACAUGAAAUAUUUUUGUAAUCACAGAUUUUAAAUGAACUGUUCUGCUGGACCGUCCGUCAGCUCCGUGUCCGGCCGGCAGGCGGCGCCUCUGACGGCUGACCUACAUUCAACAUGUGUCGUUGUCUCCUCCAGCAGCCAAUCACAGCGCUCCUUCCCGGAAACAGCUGAUGAGCCAUCUUCAGCUCCUCAGAGGGGAGCAUGAAGGAUUAUCUGAGCCUGAGGACGGACUGCUGACCCGGAGACUCUGCUCCUCGGCCCGGUACUGAUCCGACAUGGACCGGAUCACCUUCCACUACGACACGGUUCUGUCGGACGUGCACAUGCUGCUGCCCAACGCCCGGCACCUCAUGAGCCGCCUGAACCGGGUCGGACAGCCCGUCUUCAUCUCUAAGUUCAAGAUCCUGUCAGACAGCGAGAGAGCCGCGACGGAGGAGACGGAGGUGACGGACGACACACGGGGACAAGAUGGAGGACGUGUGGAAGCAUCAGUGGAUGAGGACGGAGAUUUUGAGAUCACGCACCGGCCGAGAAGCCCUCCAGAGGGGAGCGGCCGAGACCCGGUCUGUCCCGUCAUCCUCCAUCAGUCCGACCCUGGUCAGGAGGAGCAGCAGGAGGAGGAGCAGGAGGAGCAGCAGGAGGAGGAGCAGGAGGGUGAAAUCGUUAUUAGGAUCGAGCACACCAUGGCCACCCCGCUGGAGGACGUCGGGAAGCAGGUGUGGAGGGGGGCGUGUCUCCUGGCCGACUUCAUCCUCUCUGAUCCGGGUCGUUUCAGAGGCGCCACCGUCCUCGAGCUCGGAGCGGGAACAGGUCUGACCAGCAUCACCAUGGCAACUGCCGCCAAGACAGUGUACUGCACAGAUGUGGGCGAAGACCUACUGAGCAUGUGCGAGAGGAACGUGGCGUUAAACAAGCACGUGACGGAGGCCUCGGGCGGGCAGGUGAAGGUGAGGCACCUGGACUGGCUCCAGCAGGACCUGCCCACUGACGCUGAGGUGGAGUUCAGCUGGACGGAGGCAGAAGUGGCGGAUCUGUACAACAACACGAGCGUCAUCAUCGCUGCUGAUGUUUGUUACGAUGACGAGCUGACGGACGGCCUCUUCCGGACUCUGCACCGCCUCUGCAGCCACUUCAGCCACACCUGCACCGUCCUCUUCUCCCUGGAGAGGAGGAUGAACUUCACCCUGCGGCACAUGGACGUCUCCUGCGAGGCCUACGACCACUUCAGCCGCUGCCUGUCGCAGCUGGAGGAGGUGGAGGACGACCGGUGCAGCUUCAGCGUGCAGCGGCUGCCCACGGACUUCCCUCAGUUCCUGCUGUAUGAGCGCAUCGAGCAGCUGGAGCUGUGGAGGGUCACCUCCACCCCUCACCACGCCCGAGAUCACCACGCCCAAGAUCACCACGCCCGAGCUGCUGUGACCGUCGGCGGCCCGGAGGUCAGCGCACAAACCUCCAGCUAACAGUGGAACGACAGCAGCUUCACCCGUUAAUGUGACUAAUAAAGUUUUUAAAAGUUUUAA